GGCCUUGCGCCAAGCCCCGCCCAGACUCCCGGAACAGGAACCUGUUUGUUGCUGCUGCUGCUGACGUUGAUGCUCGCCUCGGUGACGAUGGCGUCCACGGAUCUGUCGCUCCUGGAUCUAACAGACAAGGAAACCCGGGAGAAACUGUCCCUAUGGGACCGCCGUACGGAGGCCACGGCCCCACUGACGGAGAAGCAGAUGGACUCGGUUCUGGAGAUCCGAGCGGCGGCCGAAACGCUGUCUGUUCCCUCGGAGCUGCCCAUUGAGGAUCUGUGCAGCCUGUCGUCUCGGUCCUUGCAGUCCCCGUUCACAGCGACGGUGCCUGCGUCAACAGAGGACGUCCUGCUCAAAGGCUUUCAGAUGCUCCAAAUGGAAACUGAUCGAAUAGAAACUGCACAGCAGUUCUUUGCCUGGUUUGCCAAGUUGCAGACAAACAUGGACUUGGAUGAGAACGCAAAGUACAGGAGAACCAGAGAUGAUCUAAACAGCUACCAAGAACAAUGUGAUGCUAUUCUGAAAGAUGUGAACAUGGCUCUUGAGCAUUUGGAUUCUCUUCAGAAACAGUACCUGUUUGUGUCCAAUAAGACCGGGGCCUUGCAUGAGGCCUGUGAACAGCUGCUGAAAGAACAAUCAGAGCUUGUCAACCUGGCAGAGAGCAUUCAGCAGAAACUGUCAUAUUUUAACGAGUUGGAAAACAUAAACACGAAACUGAAUUCUCCAACUUUGUCUGUAAAUAGUGAAGGUUUUAUACCAAUGUUGUCCAAAUUGGAUGACUGCAUAGAAUAUGUUUCCUCACAUCCAAAUUUCAAGGAUUAUCCAGUUUAUUUGGCUAAAUUUAAACAAUGUCUGUCUAAAGCUAUGCACUUCAUGAAGGUCUACAUCGUAAACACUAUGCAAUCUCUUACCAGCCAGUUAACAAAACGGGAUCCUAUGGGUCUCACUAACGCAGACAACGCCUUUACGCUUUAUUAUGUUAAAUUUAGAGCAGCAGCUCCUAAAGUUAGAUCACUGAUCGAACAGAUAGAGCAGCGAGCAGAGAAAAUUCCAGAGUACCAGCAGCUGCUUGAGGAAAUCCAUCAGUGCUAUCUUGACCAGAGAGAGCAGCUGCUCAGCCCCUGCAUUACAUCCACCAUUACCGACUUGACCAAGCAAAACAACAAAGACCACUGUGCUCUGGUUCGAAGUGGCUGUGCAUUUAUGGUCCAUGUGUGUCAGGAUGAACAUCAGCUGUUUAAUGAGUUCUUCUCCAAGCCCACAUCUAGAUUAGAUGAACUUUUAGAGAAGUUAUGCGUGUCGCUGUAUGACGUUCUGCGGCCGCUGAUAAUCCACAUCAUCCACCUCGAAACCCUGUCUGAGCUGUGCAGCAUCCUAAAGAAUGAGAUGCUGGAGGACCAUGUUCAAAACAACG